CUCCUGACCCUUUUUCUAGGCCCGUAUUGAGGAGCUGGAGGAGGAAAUUGAGGCUGAGCGUGCUGCCAGGGCCAAGGUUGAGAAGCAGAGGGCCGAUCUCUCCAGGGAACUUGAGGAGAUCAGCGAGAGACUGGAGGAGGCCGGAGGCGCCACUGCUGCUCAGAUUGAGAUGAACAAGAAGCGCGAGGCUGAGUUCCAGAAGCUGCGUCGUGAUCUUGAAGAGUCCACCCUGCAGCAUGAGGCCACAGCUGCCGCUCUGCGCAAGAAGCAGGCCGAUAGUGUGGCUGAGCUCGGGGAGCAGAUCGACAACCUGCAGCGCGUCAAGCAGAAGCUGGAGAAGGAGAAGAGCGAGUACAAGAUGGAGAUUGAUGACCUUUCCAGCAACAUGGAGGCUGUCGCCAAGGCUAAGGGCAAUCUGGAGAAGAUGUGCCGUACUCUUGAGGACCAGCUGAGCGAGCUCAAGACUAAGAAUGAUGAGAAUGCUCGCCAAGUCAACGACAUCAGCGGACAGAGGGCCAGACUCCUGACAGAAAAUGGUGAGUUUGGCCGCCAGCUGGAGGAGAAGGAAGCCCUGGUGUCUCAGCUGACCAGAGGCAAACAGGCCUUCACCCAGCAGGUGGGGGAGCUGAAGAGACUGAUUGAGGAGGAGGUCAAGGCACUGUGUUAUGAGGUAGAGCACACGGUGUCUCCAGUGCGCUAUUCUAGCCCGGAGCGCACCAGCUCCUCGGAUUGGCCGGGCUAG